AUGCUUACAAAGAAACAUAAAUUGCCAGAAAGGGAAUUGUCUGAAAUACGCCUUUCUGGUAUGCUUAACUGGCUUCAGAUUAAAGCUUCAAGACUUAAUGUUUUCAAUAUUAAUGCCUUGCAAAUUUCAUUAAGGAAAGUUAAAAUGAAGUUUUCAGAGAUUGAAAUAAAGAAUAACACAAAUAACAAAAAAAUUGACAAUCAAGAAGGUUCAAAUCAUAAUUUCAAUAAAUUAAAUAUGCUUUAUUUACCUAAUCCAUCGAAGUUCAAAUCCAGUUCUUCUUCAAAUGUUUGA